AGAUCUCUCUCUCUCUCUCUCUCUCUCUCUCUCUCUCGCUCAGUGUAGUCUUGUGAGAUAGAGAAGGAAAAGAUGGUGAGAUCCUCGAGCUCCUGUUUCAAGGUCCUUGCAUGCGGCAGGGAUUCUGUUGACAUAGAUGACUUUGACACAACGGAGAGCAAAGAAUCAACAGAUAAACGUGGAUGGAGUUUCAGAAAGAGAUCUGGCAGACAUAGAGUGCUAAGCAACACGGUUAUCUCAGAAACCCCAUCAACUGAGAAUAAGGAGAGCUCAGUAUCAACUAUAAUCACCUCCAUUCCACAACCUAACUUAACUGUUCCUGAGAAAGUAUCUAUAAGACCAUCGGCAAAUGAGAAACCUGAAUUGUCAACUGCACUACACUCGAGAGAAACUGAUCCAUCAAUUGCCACAGAGAGUGCAUGUAAAAUUGAUCCCAACCUAGAAGAAUCUGUUGCUGUUGUCAUCCAGGCUGCUAUCAGAGGAUACUUGGCACAGAGAACUCUCUUGAAGCUAAAGAAUGUUGUUAAGUUGCAAGCUGCUGUACGCGGGCAUUUGGUCCGUAGGCAGGCGGUGGGAACUCUACGUUGUGUUCAAGCAAUUGUCAAGAUGCAGGCUCUUGUGCGUGCUCGCCGUGCUCGUUUGUUAGUAGGGUCGGUUAAUGAGAAAACCGAACAGACUGUGAAGCCCUUGGGGAAGGAAGAUUUAGGAACCAAGCCAAUUCAAUCCAACUCUUCCACUAAGAAACUUCUUAGCAAUGGUUUUACUCGUCAGCUUUGGGAAUCAGCACCAAAGACAAAACCGAUACUCAUCAAAUGUGAUACUUCAAAAUCUAAUUCAGCUUGGAAUUGGUUGGAGAGAUGGAUGUCUGCAUCACCAUCAGAACUUCCACACUCGGACAAACCAGAAGGUCCAGAGAGUCAAGAACAAGGAGAGAAUAUCAAAGCAACUGCUGCUGAAGCAGGAGCUGCACCACCAGCUGAAGUCAUCUCUGUGAUAGCAGAUUUAAAAUCUAAUAGCACAGAAACAGUGGUGGCAGUUGAUAAUGAAAAGAGCUUGAUCACUUAUGAUGCAGAUGACUUCGAUUUUCAAACGGGGCAUCCAAACUGUCCAUCAAAAAGAGAUGAUCUUGAUCAGCCUCACAUAGAGGAUGUAGAUUUGGGCAAAUCUCAAAAUGCCGAUAACUUGGGCUUUCAGGGUAGUCAUUCAAACUGUUCAUCAAUAAAAGAUAACCAUGAUCAGCCUAGGGUUGAGGAUAUGGGUUUAGGCAAAUUGCAAGAAGCUUCUUCUAGGAUAGAUUUGCUUCCAAAUCAAACAGAGAAUCAGUCUUGUGUGACUUCUCAGACGGUGCUCAAUUCUGUUUCUGAGAAGGCUGAGUUGAACAGUGAACAACCAAAAUGUACUGCUGAAAGAGUAGCAUCUGAACAGCUAGAGACUGAGAAUAAGAAAAUUGUUUUUGGAUCAAUGAAGGUUUCUAAUCCUGCAUUUAUUGCAGUAAAGUCAAAAUUCGAAGAGCUGAGUUCAUCGGAAGCAUCAUGUAGGUCAAUCAGUUCAAUUAAUCAAGACCUUGGAACAGAAUCGAAGUUGGACAACCGUCCUUGUCCUGAAGAUUCUGUGACAAAGACCAAGGAGUCGAGCCUAACAGAAAAUUCAAUUUCUCACGAUUCGAAGGUUCAGGUUUGGAGCUCAGAAUAUGGAACCAAACUUUCUUUUUCCUCCACUCUUGACUCCCCCAAUAUAUCUGAAGUUGGAGGUGGAGAACUUGAACAUGAAGCCAAGGUUGCAGAAAAAGGGGAUGAUGAUGUAAACAGUGCUGCUGGAAAUGUGCAUAAACUUGGAACUCCAGGUCUGGAGGCCAAGAUUUUUUCGACCAUGAUCCCGACUUAUAUGUCCCAGGAUGCCUCUGGUCUGCCAGGCAAGGCUGAAGAUGUUAAUGGAGAAUCCAAUGAUCCAGUUGUAGCUAUAGACUCACCUGGGUUAGAGCAGCAACCAGACAGAAGUGUGUCAGAUGUACAGGUUCAAAUGGACAGCAUCAUGGAUCAGCAAGCCUCCAAGUCAUCUCCAGAGGGAUCUCCGAGAAGCCAUAUGACUGCCUCUGAAUCACAUGGAACCCCUUCGAGUCAGGUGUCAAUCAAAGCUAAGAGGGACAAAUUGGAUAGGAGUGGGUCCAACCAUCGGAUGUCCCAGAAAACAAGCAAGAGGUCCCCUUCAAAUCAGAAUGACUCAGGUGUUAGUAGUACAGAGCAAUUGUCCAAGGACUCCAAAAAUGGGAAGCGGCACAAUGCAUUUGGUUCAGCAAGAUCUGAUCCCAUUGACCAGGAGAGAAGAGACAGUAGCAGUAGCAACUCCCUCCCCAGUUACAUGCAAGCAACGGAAUCUGCUAGGGCCAAGGCCCAACAGGCCCACAAUUCUCCGAGGUCAAGUCCAGAUGUCCAAGACAAGGAUAUCUACAUCAAGAAGCGACAUUCCCUACCCAGUUCAAAUGGAAAGCAGGGGUCCCCUCGUAUGCAGCGAUCAACAUCACAACAGGGUGUGAAGGGAAAUGGAACACAGUCUCCUCAUGAUAGAAAAUGGCAAAGAUGAGAACAUCUCUGAAAGGCCUCGAAUACAGGGGUGUUGAAGACAUUUGAUCAGCCUUUUCUCAUGAGCAUCUACAGUAGAGACUGAUGUUGAGCUUGAUUACAGCUUGGUAUUUUCAGUAUCUUGUUCUGUUUGCACAUUAGGUUGCCCGGUUUGAGCCUUUGAGGUGUGUGUGGAAUGGGCAGGGGAGGGAGAUGGAGGGACACAGGAUUGAAGAUUUAAUAUUUUUAUGUACAGUAGUUGUGUCUUAAAAUUCCUGCCCCGAAGUUUGCUUAUAUUUGUUGUCUUGUAUCACCUUUAUAUAUCCAGAGUUUGGCAUUAUAUGUAUGUAAGAUGAAUCGAGUUUCAGAGGAUCUUGGAGUUAUUGAAAUAAGAUGAAAUAUUCCUUUUGCUUCA